AUGGUGGCAUAUCCCUUUGUCGUCAGAUCUGCGGACGUGACGAUAAGGAGCGUGACGCUCGAAAGAGAUUUUCUGGGUAUGAACGCGUUUGGCGUGGAGGUGUACAUGGAGUGUGUCAACGAUAAUGUGAAGAUUACGCUGCCAGGAGUGGCAACGAAAGGCGUCGCUGUUAACUACACCGGUCAAGAGGCAUGGCAGCCUGUGAUGAAGCUGAACCCGGGGGAGUGCAAGAGGUGCACCGUUUAUCAAAAGAAGAAGGCUUUUUUUGGUAUCCCUGCACCGACGGCUCAAUGGACCACCUGCUACGCCAACUUCACCACCGUGAAUCCUAACCCCCCUAUGGGCUCUAAGCUCCAAGCAGUGCAGCCCAGCACAGGGUUCGUAACGUUCAAUAGCCCCACUCAGCUGAUUGCCGUGCUGGCUUGCCCUGACUGCAACCAGCCUUCGCCUCCUGAGGCUGAUUCGUCAUCGCCUCCUGCCGACUCCUCUACUGGCAGCAGUACCAUCAAUGCUGCGGAAUCUUCCUCCACUUCCUCCUCUCCUCCCACCUCCACCGCGUCUGGUGUGCCCAGCAAUGUCACCUCGUGGAUGGCUGAUGCCCCUACCACUGAGGAGGGCAAUUACGAUGUGACCAUGUACGUGGCGAUUGGAGCGACGCUGCUGUCUGUGGGGGUGGUGCUGUUUGUCGGAAUCUUAGUGUUUUAUUUUUGGCGCAGGGCGAAGGUGGCUCAGAAGGAGGCGGACAUGUACAGGGACCAGGCAGAGAAGAGUCUGGAGAGAGGUGCAAGUGACGGGGGUGACCUUCCAGUCUCUGGGGAGGCUAGGAGAACCCCAUUUCCGUCGCCAUUCCUCUCACCCCUCUCAUCGCCCACUAUGCUAUCCUCGAGUUCGCCAAAUCGCCCACCCGUCUCCCUUUCCGUCGCGCGUCACGUCGCCAUCUCGUCGCCCUCUUCGUCGCCCUCUCUCCCCUCCUCUCCUCCCGUCGGCCUCUCUCUCGCCCCUCCCUACCGAUCGCCCUCUCUCUCGCUCCUCCUCCGAAUCGCGCUCUCUCUCCGCUCCCUUCCCGUCGGCCUCUCUCUCCGCUCCCUUCCCGUCGCGCUCUCUCUCUCCGCUCCCUUCCCCUCGCCCUCUCUCUCGCCCCUCCCUUCCCGUCGCGCUCUCUCUCUCCGCUCCCUUCCCGUCGCCCUCUCUCUCGCCCCUCCCUUCCCGUCGCGCGCUCUCUCUCUCUCUCCGCUCCCUUCCCAUCGCCCUCUCUUUUGCCACUCCCUUCCCGUCGCGAUCUCUCUAUCCGCUCCCUUCCCAUCGCCCUCUCUCUCGCCCCUCCUACUCGUCGCGCUCUCUCUCUCCGCGCCCUUCCCGUCGCCCUCUCUCUCGCCCCUCCCUUCCCAUCACGUUCUCUCUCUCCGCUCUGCCCUCUCUCUCGCUCCUCCCUUCGAAUCGCGCUCUCUCUCCGCUCCCUUCCCGUCGCGCUCUCUCUCUCCGCUCCCUUCCCAUUGCCCUCUCUCUUUCUGCUCCCUUCCCAUCCUCCCUUCUCGCUCGCCUCGAAUAGCCCUCCCGGCGACCUUCGACUCUCCCAUCACGUAUGCCCUCCUUUCUCCGUCGCCUCUCACGUUCUCCCUCUGCUAUCGCGUUAGCGUGACCCAUUCCGUACUCUGUUAUUGUGUUUGGUUUGUUUGUUUUUUCUGUCUUUCCAUCUAUUCUCGACACCCUCUCUCCCGCCGCCUAUCCUCUCUCCCGUCGCCUAUCUUUUCUCCCGUCGCCCUCCCGUUUCUCGUCGCCCUCCUGUUUCCCGCCCCCCUCCCGUUUCCCGUCGCCCUCCCUUUUCCCGUCGCCCUCCCGUUUCCCGUCGCUCUCGCUUUUCCCGUCGCCCUCCCGUUUCCCGUCACCCUCCCUUCUUCCGUCGCCCUCCCUUUUCCCGUCGCCCUCGCGUUUCCCGUUGCCCUCCCGUUUCCCGUCGCCCUCCCGUUUCCCGUCGCCCUCCCGUUUCCCGUCGCCCUCCCGUUUCCCGUCACCCCCCUUCUUCCGUCGCCCUCCCGUUUCCUACGCCCUCCCUUCCCGUCGCCCUCCCGCCUCAAGUCCAAGGCAGCACAUUGA